GAGGCUUUACAAAAAGGAGAUGAAAUAGAGAGAGAGGGGAGAGAAAAAAAUGGACCAUGAUCUGACGCUUGGGAUGCUACAGUGAGGGACAAUAAAUAUAUCUAAAAAAUAAUAAUAAUCAGCCAAAUCCAACUUCCAUUUCAUCUCAUUUUCUUUUUUGGAUUAUGAUUCUUGACGAGAGUCCCAGAUGUGACUGUGUGGAUGGCAGGUCGUUGUAUUUUACAUCCCAUCUUCUGUUUCCUGCCUGUGUGCCGCUCUCUCUUCCACUCGUCCACUCUCUCGCAGUCUUCUGCUUUGGGUAGCAAAACAUGUAGGCUAUUUUCUGCUGCAAGCAGCCCAGCAGUGCAUCUGAGAAAAGGUGUCUUUGUGGGGGAAAUGAACGGUGGUGGAAACCAGAACCCGUGCACGUUGUAGCGUUGUUGUUUUUUCUGUUGUUUCUGUGUGUGUCCGGGGUGCGGUGGAAGAUGCAUCUAUAGACAGCAGCGAGUUGUUUGAGUAAUGAAUAUUGAAAGAGUGUGUCGGCCAGCUGAAAGGGAAAAUCUUUCAUCCGCAUUGGCUUAGACACACAUGCCAUCAGUGGGGCGAGAGCCUUUUAUUUCUCUGGAUCUCCAAUGAAAUGUGGUAUUAAUAUACAAUACAAUGAGAAUGAACAUAUAGGGUGUAUGAAUAAUAUUACUAAUAAUAGAGGGGGAACAUUUAUUUCAGUCUGGCGGAUUCUUUAUGUAGCCAAACAUGUUCAAGUAUCGGAUCCGCAUGUUUUUUAAUGAACUGAAAGUCCUGGUGUUUAUGCGAUCCGAUUCGAGACAGUCCGGCUCAGACACAGAUAGACGGUCCACCACCACCAUGCGAGGUCUGGGGAUGGGCGGCUGCGGUUGGCCGCCUUUCGUCGACUGCCAUUCCCGGGAUGACGAGGAGGAGUACUACGGCAGCGACCCGCGGCCCCGGAGCCUGGCGUUCGAGGACAAGGAGCCCAAGCUGCAAGUGGGCCUGGACGCCGUGUCUCUGGCCAGCACCGCCAGCAGCCUGCGGACCCCCCAGUGCCGGAUCUGUUUCCAAGGCCCCGAGCAGGGGGAGCUGCUGAGCCCGUGCCGCUGUGACGGCUCGGUGCGCUGCACCCACCAGCCCUGCCUCAUCCGCUGGAUCAGCGAGAGAGGAUCCUGGAGCUGCGAGCUCUGCUACUUCAAGUACCAGGUCCUCGCCAUCAGCACCAAGAACCCUCUGCAGUGGCAGGCCAUCUCUCUGACGGUGAUCGAGAAGGUGCAGAUCGCCGCCAUCAUCCUGGGCUCCCUGUUCCUCAUCGCCAGCAUCUCCUGGCUCAUCUGGUCCUCCCUCAGCCCCUCGGCCAAGUGGCAGCGCCAGGACCUGCUCUUCCAGAUCUGCUACGGCAUGUACGGCUUCAUGGACAUCGUCUGCAUAGGCCUCAUCAUCCACGAGGGAUCAUCAGUGUAUCGAAUCUUCAAACGCUGGCAGGCUGUCAAUCAGCAGUGGAAAGUACUGAACUAUGAGAAAUCAAAGGACUUGGGCGACCCGCUGAGUUCAAGCAGCAAGACGGGGGCGCGCGGCUCUCGCGGAAACCCUCACGGCCUGGCGAGCAGCAGCGGCGGGCGACAGAGCCGCAGGUUAAGAACUAUCCUGAACCACCACUGUGGAUACACCAUCUUACACAUCCUGAGCCAGCUGCGGCCCAACGACCCCCGGAUCAGCGCCGCCGCCAACCGGGAGGUGGUCAUGAGGGUCACCACCGUAUGAGUCGGAGCGGCGGGAUGGGAUGGGCCUCGUCUCUGUGUCCCCCGUGAGAGGACGGACUCGAACUCGUGGACCUAAUAUUAACGACUAGAGACUCUCCGGAGGGUUUCUCCUCUUGUUUCGUACAACAAAAGGAAGCCAGAUGCUCCUUUUUCAAUAAUUAAAUAACUGAUGAAAAGAAGGAUGCAUUAAAAAGACAUAAAGUAAAAAUGUGUGGAGGAAAAAAAAGUGUAAACAGGCUUUAUAACCUAAUCCAAGACGACAAGACGUUUUUUCCAGUUCAAUAUCAGGAUGCACAGAGACAUUUUUUCUUUGAUUUGAUCCUCUCGGUUUGAUUUGUAUCUCUUUUCUUUUUUCUUUUUUCUGUUUGUUUUCUACUCACUUUUGAUUUUGUAUACGGAUGUAUGAUUUUAGAGGAAAUCAUGUAACUUCAUACAUGCCAAGCAUUUCCAGACAAACUAUGUAUAAUGAUCUUAAAAAAAUUUCUACAAACAUAACUGAUGCUGGUAAAAUAGACCGAAAAACUGAAACAACAACACGAGGGUGAAACAAUAAGUCAUUACAAGCUAAAAAAAAAAAAAAGAGGAAAAGAAGAGGAGGAGGAGAAAAAAAGAGGAAAAAAAGAAAUCAGUGAGAUUUCAGUGACACUUAACCUUUCUGCAAUAAAGAUACGUAUGUACAUUUCACAGGGAAUUUUGCAUGGGUAUAUAAUUUUAUUCUUCAUCACAUAACAUAAGCACAUGACAAAUUUGCUCUAUUUCGAAUGGUGCUUGCCAAAAUAAACACUUUAGAAACAUCUGAUUUCGUUGCACCAACUUUUUGUCGACAUGACAAAUGGCAGUGUGUUACAGCUAUUUCAGCUAAAAUACAGAUUGUUGCUGCUGUGUGCUGAUUCAGAUUUGAUAAUAAGUAAACUAUUGGAUUAAAAACGGGGAUCAGACGAUCUCUUAAUACUCA